ACAUCAUAAGGCUUUUAUUCCUAAGAAUAUCGUUCGAAAAAUAAACAUAAUGGUAUAAAAUGAGUGGGUACGGUUUAAUGAUCUUUAUUUGACUCCUUGGAGUGACAGAAAGACAGUGAGAUGGAUUUGAUUAACUUUCUUUUGUCUUAUUUUGCGUCUAAAAACAUAAUUUAUGUUACCGCGUUUCUCUGUUGGGAUAAAGAUGCUCUAGCCCAGUUGUACCGCAACGCCUCGGUAGCCGGCAUCAGGCUGGUGGUAAGCCCCUUCCCCCGCGUGGCCCCCGGCCCCCGCCAGCCCCCGCUGUCGCCCGACGGACUGGACCAUCUGCAGGGAAACGUGUUGGACCUGGCCUGUCCUGGAGCUGAUGAGGUUAUCCGUAAGGCUUCAGAAACUCGUUCAUUUAAUCAGCGCAAUGCCUGGCUGUUGCUGCACGACGCGCCAUACAACCUCACUGAGCUAGAAGCCUCCAUGUCGAAUAUUGCCAUUUUGCCCGAUGCUGAUGUGAUUCUGUUCACCUCUGACAUUACCGUCGACUUUUACAGAGUAACCGUUCACAAGCCUCUUCAAAUAUCGGAGCUGGAUAUUUCCAGAAACAGUAGUGAGCAAGAGCUGGCUCAGUUCUGGCUGCAGAGGCCGAGUGUUGUGACUCGGAGGAGGAAUUUGAAUAACAUCACGGUCAAGGCUGCUCUGGUUGUGACCCAACCAGACAGCUUCGUCGGCUGGGAUGACUUGACAACUAAAGGCAUCGACACCAUCCCCAAGGUCACAUACCCUCUCAUCUUACUGUUGGCACAGGAUUUAAAUAUCAGCUUCGACUUCACCCAAGUGCAGAGCUACGGGGACCUGGUGAACGGGUCGUUCCACAACAGCGCGAUCGGGCUGCUGGAGCAGGGCCGCAUCGAGGUGGCCGCCACCAGCAUGCUGCUGCGACGCGACCGCAUGAGAAUGACCCACUUCGUGUCAGAGUCCGCUGAUUUGAAGUUCUUUAGAUCUAAUUAUUUAAAGACACAAGUAGGUAGCGGUUUAGCUUUAGUACUACUCUACGGCAUCGACACCAUCCCCAAGGUCACAUACCCUCUCAUCUUACUGUUGGCACAGGAUUUAAAUAUCAGCUUCGACUUCACCCAAGUGCAGAGCUACGGGGACCUGGUGAACGGGUCGUUCCACAACAGCGCGAUCGGGCUGCUGGAGCAGGGCCGCAUCGAGGUGGCCGCCACCAGCAUGCUGCUGCGACGCGACCGCAUGAGAAUGACCCACUUCGUGUCAGAGUCCGCUGAUUUGAAGUUCUUUAGGCCAGCCUUCAUCUUCCGUCAGCCGCCGCAGUCGGCAGUGGCCAACAUCUUCCUUCUCCCUCUCUCCCGCGGGGUGUGGAUCGCCAGCUUCAUAGUAUUCCUGCUAGUAGCUGCUUUCCUGUCUCUCUUUAGCAGACGACUCAUGGGCCUGGACCCGAGUCUGGAAGUCAUCACUCCCGGAGAGACUUUGACGUUUGCUGUAGGCGCUGUUUGUCAGCAGGGCUUCUUCAUGACGCCGAACCUGCAGUCAAUCCGUGUGAUGAUGUUCUUCACAUUCAUCACCUCACUGUUUCUCUUCACAUCGUAUUCUGCCAAGAUCGUUGCUCUCCUGCAGAGCCCUAGCAACUCCAUCCUGACUGUCAGAGAUCUGGCCAUGUCGCCGCUGUCGUGUGGAGUCCAGGACACAUCCUACAAGAAGACUUAUUACAUUGACAACCCGCACCCGGCGACCAAGGUGCUGUACGAGCGCAAGCUGCGCGCGCAGGGCGAGCGCGCCUUCAGCUACACGGCGGAGGAGGGCGUGGCCCGGCUGCGCUCCGGGCAGUUCGCGUUCCAGGUUGAACUGAGUGCUGGAUUCGAUAUAAUAAGCAAGACGUUCACGGAAAGUGAGAAAUGUGGACUGAACUAUGUGGACCCGUUUCGUCUCCAAGCGGUCGGUAUUCCGAUAAAGAAGCACUCAGGGCUUAAAGAGCUGGUUUCCAAUAGGCUCCGCUGGUUCCGCGACACGGGGCUCAUGGAUCGCGUGCGCCGCAUCUGGUCCGUGCAGAAGCCUCGCUGCGACUCCGCCAGCAUCUCGGGUGUCGUUACCGUGGGGCUCGCCGACUGCCUGCCCGCCUUCCAGGUGCUGAUGUGCGGGGCUGCAGCCUCCGGCGCAAUCUUGGUCAUGGAGGUCUUAGUGCACAAGAUUAAACAGCGUUACAAAGUGAAGAGCACACAUUUUAUUAAUUAGCUGAGGUAUUAACUUUGAAAAAUAUCGACACGAAGAUUUGUUUGUACAUACUUAUUUUAGCCACCUUACCUAAAUUAGUACAUUUUAAAUGAUCGUGCAUAUACUAAAUCACUCUUCCAGAUGUAGAUUGAUAGAUAGAAUAUUUUUAUUUGUACACACACGGGAACAGAAUGUACAUGCUUGUAAGUAUACAAAAUACAAACCCAUGUAUCAUGAUGUAUAAUAAUACAUAAUAUACAUCACAAUAUUCACUGAACAAUGGCGAUAGAUACAUAAUAGCUUCGAAACUUGUAACACAAACAUGGAUAUGGAUACGACAGCACAAAGAGAUUCGUCGAAGCGACUGACAGCGUGACGGGAAAGAAGGCAUGUCAGCCAAUACAUAAUCAAAUUGUUUGAACGUUAUGUCGAUUAAAAUAUUUAUAUAUAAGAAAAGAAAUUGGUACCGACAAAAUUGCUAAAAUAAUAUAAACUAAAGGUAAGCUACCUAUCGGUAUCGUGGGUAUCGCAUCACACGAACUUUUGUACUAAUGCGUCCACUGUUUCGGAACCAAUCCCGUAUCUGAGGUGACCUCUAGUAAUCGGAUUGCCGAUGUCACUUUCAUACUUACGGAUUUUAGAGCGACACUAUCAUACGUACCAUUUCAGUUCGGUAUAUCCGUCGGUAUAUAACGAUAGAUGGACGC